GGAAAUAUGCGCAGUUUUGCGCACGUAUCCAUGUAGUCCUUAUUAUUGUGAUAAAGUUACAAAGUGAGUUCUAUGCUAACGUUUAAUCGAUAUCGCAGCAUCCACAGGGCGACUGUGAAUAAUAUGUGAAGGCCAAGGCAAUAAACGUUAAAUAUACCAAAAAUGUAAAUAUAUUUCUAGACCAUAGUGAACAUUACACUACAUUUCCGAAUUGUGUUGGGUUAACUUUUGUGAAGUAGGCUAAGUUUCCGUAGCAAGCGCAUCCUCCCAAGAUGUCAUGCGCUGUGCGCACUCCGCAGCACCGGCAAUGAAACAUAGGAUGUGGAUAUGAGAUGAUGUUGGUGAAGCUGUAUCCAGACAAGCACGAUGCAGCUAAACCAAAACAAAAGAUAAGGCUGGCAACGGUAACAUGGAGAUCGAAUUUGGACUUUGAUUGCAGCGGCGAAGGUUUACAAGGUGUCACGCGCACGGGUUGUAGCGACACUUGUUUUAGCCUCUAUCCUAAAUUGCGUGUCCGUCCGGUCUCGAGCAUCCCUCUUACGUCAGUACUGUCCAGUAAGCGCUCUAGUGUUUUUAAGUGCACGUAUAUAAUAGUAGGUUUCAAAGGCGAGUUCCGUUUUGUAAAAUAUAAGUCGUUGUAUCUGGAUACUUCUUACCAAUAAGGCUUAUUUUGUGUGUGUGUGGGAGGGUGGGGGUGGUGGUGGGCAGGCAGGCUCUUUCCCUCCAACUGACCACUGCCGCUGCACCAGUGUCCUGGUUGUGCUGAGUGUUGUAUGCAGGCAGUAGUAGCUGACUCGAGUUGGGACGUUGUUUCUUCAGCUGUGCCCUGAGUGUCCUUGAACUGUGCAUCAUCAUGUCAGCUCAGCAGUCAGUCAGACUGCGUCUCUUUUCCCUCAAUUGCUGGGGAAUCCGCUACCUCAGUCGUCAUUGUUCUCAGCGCUACCAGAUGAUUGCAGAGCUGCUGGACAGAGAGCAGCAUGACAUUGCACUGUUACAGGAGGUGUGGAGUGAGAAAGACUACCUCUACUUAAAAAGAACGCUGGCUACCUCUCAUCCUUUCACCCACUACUUCAGAAGUGGAGUCAUUGGCAGUGGACUGGCAGUGUUUUCAAAGCACAGGAUUCAGGAUGCCCUGCUCUACCAAUAUUCUCUUAACGGCUAUCCAUACAUGAUUCACCAUGGUGACUGGUUUGGAGGCAAAGCAGUGGGCCUGGUUAUUCUGAAUGUCUGUGGAAUGAGAGCACACAUCUAUGUCACACAUUUGCAUGCUGAGUACUGUAGGAUGAACGACACCUACCUUCCCCAUAGGACAGUGCAGGCUUGGGAGCUGCUCAACUUUAUCCGACAUACAUCUGCUGAUGCUGACUUGGUGAUUUUGGGGGGAGACUUGAACAUGCACCCUCAGGACUUGGGCAUGCGUCUCCUCAGGACUCAUUCUGGACUCAGGGACUGCUACACGGAGACUGACACCUUUGAUGGUUGUGAAGAUGGCAUUACACUUAUCGCUGAUAACACCUUUACAAAAAAGAAAGAUUUGCUUCCUUUUGAGAAAGGGAUCCGCAUCGACUACAUUCUAAUGAAGGGCUCAAACAGUGUCUGUGUGAAAUGUGAGUCCAUGUCAACCACCAAGGGUUCAGUCCCAGACAAGCCUUUCCCUUACUCUGACCACGAGUCCCUGACCUCCCAGCUACUCGUCCAGCACACUGAGGGGAUGGACAGAACCAGGGAGAGGCACACCGACUCCUCAAACACAGGUGCUCCUGUGCGCGAGCUGGUGGAGGUGGUGAGCGAGGCGCGCGGUGUUGUCAAGGAGGGCUUCCGCCAGACGGAGCGGCUGCAGCUGAUGGCCAUGUGCCUGCUGGCCGUGGGUCUGGCCUUCCUGCUGCUGCCCGCCACCACACUGCCCUGGCUCUCGCACCACAGCCAUUGCGUGGUGUCCUACUCCCUGCUGGGCCUGCUGGGCGCGCUGGGCCUGGCCAUGGUGGCUGCCGGCACUCUGCUCUACGUGCUCUUCACCGCCCAGCUCAAGGCCCUGCGUGGGACGGAGGCCAGUAUGAAGCUGGCCAGCGCCAACCUCCAGGAGAGGGACGGAGGCUGUCUGACGGACGAGGGCGGUGACGAGGACGAGGCGGGGAUGCUGCCGUCGACGCCGCCGCAUCUGCCACGCGGAGAUGCAAGACCCCAGCAGCCCACUCCACUGGACUGUGAGGAGUAACCGAACCUCAUUCUCCUGCGGAUCCUAUGGAAGUGGUGUGGGCUUAGGCCCUGCAAUGGAGAGGCUUUCACCUUCGCAUGAGGGUGACGAAAAUGAAGAGAGACAGAUCAAGGGUGGCACCAUGCACUCCACUAGCUUUAUGGAAUGUGUCCUCUCUCAGCCCCUUGCUUGUGCAAAUGACUCCCUUUGACUCCACUGAAGUCUGUAAUAUACUGAAAGACAGUGACUAACACUCUUUUCUCACAAGUGUAAAAUUAAACCAGUGUUACUUCCUUUAGAUAGACUGUAGUGUCAAGUGAAUAGUGACAUUUCCAUUGCAUUACGUUGCAACUAUAAUGAGCGUGCUUUUUUGCCAUUACACAUCUUUUUUGUAGAAAAUAAUAAUAAAAAAUAUAUAUUUAAUUAUUGCUGUCGAUGGAGGGGGUGGGGGUGUAAUUUUGUUACUUGUGUGCAAUUCUACAGAACGUCCACUAGAUGGCACCUUUUCACACAAUGUGGCCCUGUGUGACCUUCCUCUGGUUGUAUCCAUUUGAUACAUGUCCAGCCAUAGUUCUUAUCAAAUAUUCAAUGUAAUUUCAUUGUUCCUUAUGCAUUGCACGAAACCACUUUUCUUGACCCGCUUG